AUUAUUAUCACAUAUUUCCUAUUCUUCAUACUAUAAAUCUGUAUUUUCAAAGUUUGUCAGAUGUUUUCAGGUAUAUUCUUGCGAUAAAAGUAGUAGCUAAAAAUUACACUUCGUCACAGAAACACCGCCGCCUGGAAUAUUUCCAAGAUGGCAGCCGCCAUGGAAAAUGUUUUCGUGAGGGAUUGGGAAAAAAAUAAUGGUGAAAUACUCCGAAUCAAUCAACUGGAGAUCGGUGAUGUUGGCUGUGUCGUGUGGGACGCAGCAUUAGUUCUCAGCUCAUACAUAGAAACUGAAAGAUUCCUCUCGAAUAUCGGAGAUUCAGGCUUCCAAAGUUGUAAAGUUUUGGAACUUGGCUCUGGAACUGGCAUUGUUGGUCUGCAGGCUAGCACUUUGGGUGCCUCAGUGACGAUAACUGAUCUCGAAGACUUCAUUCCACUGAUGAAAAUGAACAUCGAAACAAACAAGGAUUUGGUGUGUGGCAGCGUUGUAGCAAAGACAUUGAAAUGGGGACAAGAUGUCACCGACUUCGGCACACCCGAUGUCCUUCUUUUAGCUGAUUGCAUUUAUUAUGGAGAGUCCUUGGAACCACUAGUUUCAACAAUCAAAGAUCUCUCGGGGCCAGAAACGAUUGUGCUGUGUUGCUACGAGGAGAGAACCACAGGAAACAAGCCUGAGUUGGAGAAGAAAUUCUUUCAGCUUAUUCGGGAACAUUUUGAUGUGGAUGAAAUACCGCAGGACCAACAGCAUCCAGUGUAUCACAGUGAUGACAUUCACAUAAUGCGUUUCAAAAAGAGCUGACAGAUCUCUUGAAUAGGGUCUUUAAAAAAUCUGUCUUUGGUGGUGAUGCCCAUGUGAUAAUGAGGAGUUUCAAACAAGAAAUGAGGCAAUAAAAGGCUUUGGCCGAGUCUGUGGUCAUUGGUUAACAGCACGAAGACAAACAGCCUUCCAGUUUUCAUUUGCACUGAGGGUAUUCAAAUUCAAUUCAUGCCAUUGUGGUAGCACUCACACUGAUGUGCAAUGAACAAUGAAUGGUUUUACAAUGCACUGCUAUUACAACAUAUGUGUAUGUGCUUCAAAAAGAGGUGACCAAG